AUGAUGAUAGGUGGUGGAAGGUUUCCUCUUUCCAAUAGGAUCGCCAAUGAGAAGGGCCUCCUCAUUCACCUCCUCCGUCCUCUCCAGGACCCGCGACAGAGGAGCAGCCGCCCUCCAGCCUCAUUUCCUCAGGGAGCGCUCUUUUGCAGCAAUACAACCAACAAUUCCUACAGUCGCCGGCGUUGGUUCUCCCCAGUCCUCAGUUCCAUUUCCAAAAGCUCGGCUCAAGCUGUCUCUCUCGGUCUUGCCGGCGUUGUCGUCUUUGCCACCGCUGCUUCGGUCUACGCCAAGGAGCGGCCACCAGCCGAGAUCAAGCCAAAAGACGUUGUUCUUAAUCAGUUUAUGUUCGUUCCUGCUUCCAGUCAAGUUAGAGUAUUCUUGGACUUCUAUGAUAUACCUUACAAAGUCGUGCAAGUCCAUUCCUUUACUAUGAUAUACCAUACAAAGUUGUGGAAGUCCAAUUCUUUACUCGUGGUCGAUGGUGAACAGCUGGUAGACACAUCAGAUUCUUGUUGUCCUAACUCUACUAUUGACAAAUUGGCUGAAAAGGUCCUUCCAAAGAAAACGAUUAGUUGAGGUGCUGAUGAAGAUGAAGAGACAAAGUGGCGAGGGUGAUUUUUGCUUCCUUGAGAAGAUAACAGCGAAAUAUGCUAUAGCUUCAUCUGUGUAUUUGAUGUGCAAGAUUCUAAAGAAGUUAUAUUUCAUCACUGAUGAACGUGGUCUCUUAUAUGAAGCAGCAGAAACAUGGGUGGAUGCUCUAAAUGGUGGAAUUUUCUUGGGGGGUCUAAGCCUAACCUAGCUGACCUUGCUGUCUUUGGGGCGCUAAGAUUCAGCCGUAACCUUAGUUCUGGUAGAGAUGUGGUGGGACACACUCGAAUUGGGGAGUGGUACUCUAGAAUGGAGGAAGUGGUUGGAGGUUUAUCAAGGAUCAAGGCUUAAGACAAUGCGCUUACAGCAACGAUUGUGUUACAGCAUCUGUAGCCAACAACAAAGAGUUUCUGAAAAUGUGUAGUACUCACCUGCAUUAACAUGGUCUAGAAAGGCACUAACAUGCAUUAACAAAGAAUUCAAAGUGUAAAUCAAGCCUGGUAACUCACCCUAGAAAAUGCUUAGUGGAGGUUCCUACAAUAAGAUAUAAUUAUUUA